CCUGACAUUUCUUUGAGCCGAGCCCAUCAGGGAAUGGCGACGAUGAGAUUCGGGUUUGGUUUUUAAGGCGCAAUGACUUUGGCGUCUGCUUCGGCGUCGGCUUCGGCGAACGUGUCGAACGUGACGACUUGCCUGCAAUCGGCCAGAUUCCUGGAGGCAGAGCCCGCUGAACGCUUACUGGGCCCCAUCGACAGUGCUCACACACGCCACUUCGGCUCAAUUUUCGGAUACUGUGCUUACAUCUGCUGUUGCGAACUGCCGUCUCUACAUUUCGGCAGCCUCCAGGCGCGCGUUGCCAUGAUCUGCCCCGCCAUCAUCAUGGUGGGGUCCUCCAUUGUCGCGUUAGUCAUCGUGGUCUACGUCUAUCAUCAGAUUUGGCGCUCGAUUUUCCUCUAUGUGAGAGUGGACCGGUCACACCACUUGUGCCCGUCCCACCGCUUGCCACCAGAGGUCACGGCGGAGGAAAGAUGGGCCAAAGUGACCAGUGCCGUUGAGCAGCGGCGAAUCAGCAAAGAAGGCUCGGCCGCUCGUUUAAUCAGCAGGCAGAGCACGUCGCCUCUCAGCGAGGCGAAGGCAACGGGAGCUCUCCGAAGGCUGCCGUCAAAAGAUCUCGUUCAUGGCAGUCCUGUCAUGAAAGUGGACACCGAGCGCAAAGCUGCUGAGCUUGACAUGGAUCACAUUUAUCUCGAUUUCUUGGACUUCUUGUGGGCCCAGGUUUUCGUUGGGGCGUGCGCGCUUUGCUUAGCUGUCUGUGGGACGAUCUCGCUUAUCGUUCGCCAGGCUCUGCACAAACGGACAUGGUUGGAACCGAAGCCUUACGACCCGCGAAAAGUAGUGGCGCGCAUGCUGCUCGAGACGACGGAAAUAAUAAAUUUCCUCGGCGUCGCGAUCAACGAACAGGAUCCUUCCAAGCCUCGGAUUGCCUCAUUCAUAUGGCCAAAGUUUCCUAUCCUCGAUGCCUGCGGUGAUUUCGACGAUUCAAAAACGCUCUACGUUGAGGUGGACUUGGAGCAGAAGUCCAUGGUGAGCGCCGAGUUUGAUCGCCAACACCUGACAGCAGAGGAGGCGAUGACACUGGUGUGGUUCCACCUGAUAUUUGCCAAUCACGUGAAAAUACACGCCCUCGCAAAUUGGGGUACGAACGUGCAUAGCCAUGAUCCCUGUCUGAGGCGUAACUCUGUGGCCACAGUUGCGUACAACUACUUUGGAUACACGGUGUUCCCUAUCCUGUCGCAUGUGGCAUGCCUCGCUGGAGUGAUCAGUUUUCCAUGUACGGCUCUAACCAAAGUCUUUGACGCUGGGGUGACGACGGGCGUUCCGUUCCACGCGAACGUCCGGGAGCUUCAGAGGGACUCUACGAUGUGCAAUUUCGUCAUUAAGGUGCGCCAUGGAUUCAUGAAGAUUUUCGAGAAGCACAAGGCGGCAAUGGGCGGCAUGGAUGGGGAGGCGUUGUUCGCGGGGACUGUGCUGCAUUCGUUGGACCAUACCAUGUCGGCCAUCAUCUUGGAGGAUCCGCUGUGGCUCGACGUUGGUUCCGACAAAUUCGGGCACAUGGCUGAGAUUGGCCGCUUCGUGCGGGCUGGUUUCGUGGACGAUAUCAAGGGCGUUUAUUUCAACAGGCGCAUGAAGAAUCUGAAACACCCUUUCUAUAAAGAUGUGUACAACUUCGCCAAGAAAGUCAACGCCUUCCUCGCAGACAACAUGGACACCUGCAUCAUCAAGUGAUCGUCUUUCAUGGAGGCGGAGGACUCCCAUUAGGGUAGCUAUUCUAAACGCUUCGCGUAUCCCCACCAGCCCGUCCAGAAAUGAGCCCCAGUGGAGUGGAGGUGAUGAGGGAAGCGGGGGAGCAUGCAGAAAAACAAAGGGCGGGGUAAGCCGCCAUAAACCCCAAGAGGGGGAGGAUAUAGGAG